UUUUUCCCUUCUUCACUUUGUUUGUUCUUUCACAUGAUCUACUUGCAUUCUAUUAAUGUCUCUUUGCAGCUUUUGACAUUCUCUAAGCAGACACUACAGCUCCACACCCUCUUUCCCACUCUUAAACUAUAUCUCACUGUCCUCUGUUCCCUCUCUGUUUUUCUCCCUAUAAAUACUCUGUUUUUGCUCUGUAGAUUUUGUGUUUUCUGCAACCAAAAAAGAAACAUGUAUAUGAGGGAGAAGUCGCUUAAGGAAGACACAUUUCCGAGGAGAAGAAGAAACCCAUCUUUCUCUUCUUCUCUUCUUGACUCCAUUUACCGCUCGAUCGAUGAAUCGAACGGUGGAGAUGGAGAUCCGGGUUAUGUCAGAGAAUCAACCGUGAUGAAGAAACAGAGCAGUUCUGCUAAGGGAGGCAGCGACAGAACCAAUCUUCGCCGAGCUAUCAUGAUUGAGAACUGGGUUGAGAAGCAGACUGUUCAAAGCUCCAUGCUCUCGACUUCGGCUUCUAGCUCCUCAGAGUCGAGCUCAGGAGCUGCAUUUUCGUCCUCUGAAACAGAUUCAAGCUACAAGCCAAGAACAAAGCCGAAGCCGGUAGCGGCCUCUGCUCACUCCGAGAAGUACAUGCAAUUUCAGGAGAAGCCAAAGCAUGAGAAUGGCGGAGGUGGUGGGUUUACAAAGACAAAGCUCAGGGCUUUGAAAAUCUAUGGCGAGUUGAAGAAGGUGAAGCAACCCAUUUCUCCAGGAGGUCGAAUUGCCACCUUCAUCAACUCAAUUUUCAAUUCUGGGAACGUCAAGAAGGCCAAGAUGUGUUACGUUGGAGCUGUGGAGGAUGUGACGACCUCAGAACAUGUUUCAAAGUCUGUUUCUUGCUCUUCUUCUUCUGCUUCCACUUUCUCAAGGUCUUGCUUGAGCAAGCCAUCUUCAAGAGCCAAAAAACUAAGCAAUGGCACCAAAAGGUCUGUGAGGUUUUACCCAGUGAGUGUGAUUCUUGGUGAGGAGGAUUCCCAACCUUCAAGCCACCACAAAUGUGUUUAUGAAGAAGACCCGAGUUUAAUGCCAAAACCCUCGUAUCAAAAAUUUGCAAGAGCUUCUUUGUUGAAGGAAGACUUGACCACAGUAGGUCAAAAUUUUGCUAGAGGGUUUUGUGAUGAUGGUGAUGAUGAAGAAAGUGAUCAUGAUGCUGAGAGCUAUUCAAGUUCUGAUCUUUUUGAGCUUGAUCACCCAGUUGGGAUUGGAAGGUACAGGGAAGAACUUCCAGUGUAUGAAACUACUAAUUUCAGAACUAAUCAAGCUAUUGCCCAAGGCUUGAUUUUGUAA